GGGUGAUCACGUGGUUGAGCCGUCACCAUUCUGGGAGUUGCGGCAUCGGCUGAAGGUCUGUUCUAAGGGGAAGCACCGCCUUACGGCUGACGUGUAGUCUCAAGAUCACAGCAUUGCUGGAGCAGCCGGGGGAGUUUAGAACCUUCUCACACCGCUGCUGCUACUUCUUGUCGUCUUGUGUCUGUAACCACCCCUCCUGGUGAGAUGUCCCAGCGACUGUCGCGUAGUAGCCGGCUUGGCUCUGGUUCGGCAGCAGCAGGCGGCUCUGCGGCUGCUUUGGUAUUACCUGUGCACUCUGCGGACCUUCUCCGUGCACUUGGGGGCCGCACUGUGGAACUGCCGCGGGAGCCCACGGCCACUAAGACGGCCUUGGCCACGGGGAAGAAGAGGAUCGCACGGGACCGCGUUAUGAGCGCUCUGCCUUAUUACUGCCGGGGAAAGGUCGUGCGGGGCUUUGGCAGGGGUUCCAAGGAGCUCGGCAUCCCCACAGCUAAUUUUCCUGAGGAUGUUGUGGACAAUCUUCCGGCUGACUUAACCACUGGUAUCUACUAUGGAUGGGGCUGUGUUGGCAAUGGAGAAGUUUAUAAAAUGGUUAUGAGUGUUGGCUGGAAUCCUUUCUACAAGAACACUAAAAAAUCUGUGGAAACUCAUAUUAUUCAUCAAUUUGAAGAAGACUUCUACGGUGAAACACUUAGCAUAGUUAUUGUGGGCUACAUUAGACCAGAGGAAAGUUUUGACUCUUUAGAUGCUCUAAUUUCUGCAAUUUAUAAUGAUAUAAAUGAAGCAAAGAAACAGCUGGAUCUGCCUGAAUUCAAGAAACUGAAAGAGAACUACUUUAACACGUCACCUAAAAUAAUGAAUGGUCAUUGACAUUGGCCAAACUUGUGGUCAAUUACUGAAUUAUUUUUGCAUUGCACUGUUAUUAGGGGGGAAAUCAGUUUAGUACAAUGGUGGACCAGAAAAUUACCAAUGUCUGGCUACUGUAUUACGGAGCAGUGUGUGCAGUGUCCAUUGCAGCUGCACAACGGGCUGCAACUAAAAAUCCCCCGUAGUGAUUGGUUUGUGUAAUAUUUUUUUUUUUCUUUUUUGGGAAAGGUGGGGGGUGUAUUUAAGCUAUACAUUCGGUGUCUAAAUGUGGCAAAACAUUUGAUAGGCACUAGAAGUCUGAUAAAACCACCUUUUUCCUGAAACAGUUUAGCAUAUUGACCAAAAGUUGUCUUUGUUACAAAAUUCUAUUAAACUGAAGAAUGUACAUCUCUACAAAAGAGUUAAAUCUUUAAAGCGGAAUUUAUUUACAGCAGUGGUAUUACACUUUUAUUUCAUACAUUUUGCUUAGCUACAAAGCUUUUACAUUUCUGUACUUCACCCCUCUGCUAAUUUACUGUUCUGUAUAGGUGAAUACACACGGUGAGAUUCUCACUAUGUGACAGGGGCUAGGUCGCAUCGCAAGCACAUAAUGAGUGUGCUUGCGAUACUGACUGUGCGAUUUUGGCUAAGUGUCAAUUUUGACUAUCUCUUCUACGAGAUACAGUAGACUGUGCAGGCAAGUAAAUUUUGACUAUCUAGGCUUGCGAUGCCGACCGCGCAUCGAAUCGGGAUCGCAAGGUGACUUUGCGAUCUGCACUAACAUUUCUUACGAUUUGGACUAUAUAGUCAAAAUCAGUGAUCACCAACCAGUCACUCGCAAGCUACAGGUAGCUCGCCGUAGUAUUUUUCGAUAGCUCGCAGAGCGCACGAGCUUGGCAAGUCACUGGCACGCCUCCUCCUUUAAUUUUUAAUAUGGUGCCAGCCGUCAGCCAAUCAGAGCUCGCGGACUGGCAGCGGCGGCGCCUUAUUGGCUGCUGGACAGCGAGCUUUGUUUGGCUCACUUACCGGUGCCAUAUUUCAAAUGCCCGCUGCCGCCGGAGACUGUCACCCUCACCGCAGCUGCUCUCCGGAGUCCUUCCGUUACUCAUACAGGAGGAGCUGCGGCUGUAGAAGAAGCCAGCAGCGGUGAGCACUGCGGGGGGGCAUUGUAUCUGGCACUGCAGGGGGGCAUUGUAUCUGGCACUGCAGGGGGGGCUUUGCAUGUGUAUCUGGCACUGCUGGGGGGGCUUUGCAUGUGUAUCUGGCACUGCUGGGGGGCUUUGCAUGUGUAUCUGGCACUGCUGGGGGGCAUUGCAUGUGUAUCUGGCACUACGCGGCAGGGGACAAUACUUGUAGUUGUAGUUCGCAGGAACGCACGCGCAUUGGGGGGAGGGGUUAGCUCUUUCAGAGGUUUUAUUUUCUGAAAGUAGCUCACACCCCAAUUAAGGUUGAAGACCACUGGUCAAAAUUCUAAGAAAAUAUCUCACCGUGUGUACACACCAUAAGUUAUGUAAAGUCAGAUGGCUAAACUAUUACGCAUUCUUUAACUGGAAUACACAGACCAUAUAAUAGUGUAUAUAACAAACUACUUUUUCUAGAAAAGUAUAUUUAUUUUAAACUGGAGCAAUUUUCAAUUUAAAUCUACAGCAAUUUAUGUAUGCCUAACUUUCAUUCCAGCUGAGGCAAUACGGUAGAAUAUGCUCUAAAAUGCUGUCUAGAUCCUUCAUGUCUGCAGCAGUGGCAAAGACUGAAAUGUAUCAAGCUAUAAAUAUUUGUAACAAAAAGCUCUACACAUUUAAUAUACCUUUGACAAGAACAUUAUAUAGUCUAUAGCCUCAAGAUACUGAUUCCAUCAGUCAUUUAUUUAUUAAGCAAAUAUUUAUUAUCUCUUGCGGGGGCAGAUGUGAAAGUUGAAGUUCUACUGAUAUUACAUCCGUGCCUCUCUUACCCGAAUCCCAAUAUCAAGGUGAAGAUUGUGCCAAAAUCUAUGCUUAUUGAAUUAUCUUCCAUGUCUAUUAAUCAUACAGAACUACUGCUGCACAAAUGUUUUCUCAAUAUUGCAUUAAAAUGCUGUAUAUAUUGCAUCAAACUUAAGAUGUCUGUACAUGUUUCUACCUGACACUCAUUUUUAAAAAGAAGGGUAAGGGGACCUGCACCUUUUUACAUAAUGGUUAUAGUAAAUAUCUACAUGCUGCCUUAUUCCAGGUUUUUAUGCCGCUUAAAUGCAUACCCUAAAUAUAUUCGUUCACACUAUAAGUUACAUUAACUCGUAUAACUCACAAUAUUAUAUACUCCGAUCAUUGGAGUUCAGCACUAUGUGGAAAAGUUAGUAAUUAUAAUACAGUAUCCAUAAGCUCUUGACCAGUCAAGAUAAUCUAUAAAUUACAAUGUGACUUGUUCCAUUCGACAUCCAUUAUUUGGGUACACUGUAUUACCCAAGUGUCGAGGGCUGAGUUGUGUAUUUGUAGCCGUAAAAAUGACCUGUUACUUGAAAAAGAUACAUUAAAUAAAUGGCUUAGUCUUCGGAUGCCUAACCAUGUUGUUCUAAUAACAGAACUUCCAGGAUUUGGAUUCUCAUUGUAAUAAUCUAUUUUACUUGUAAGGUGCCGCAAAUGGUUUGCAGCGCUGUCAAUAAAUGUACUUUUUCAUAUGAACUGUGGCCUUACUGGUUAAAUGACAUAUGUAGUAGUGUUACACAUUUUGCGCAAGAUGCAAAUGUGUGUGUGUGUGUGUGUGUCGUCAACCCACCCUUCCCGCACCCGUUUGUGCCCGCUGGCAGCUGUUCAAAUGUUUCUACGGCUGGGCACAAUAUCAUUUGAGCUCACUAUCCCACAGCGUAGAAAGCUGAAUAUGAGCGCAAUAUGCACGAUAACGGGGGACAAUUGAAUAUCGCCACGCGAUCUCCCGUUACUCUAAACUUUUAAAUAUUGUACUUGCAAAAAGUAAAAUCUAGUAUUGGUAGGCAUUUGUUAUAUGAAGAUUUAAUCUGGUGUUUUACUUGUGAUGCCAAUCUAUAAGGUCCUUGAGGACUCUGUAUGUUCACUUAUUCAAAACAGUAGAGCUUGCCACUAUUUUCCACCUCCCUUUUCCCAGGUGCAUGUGCCAUUUUUAUGUACAGUACUUGGAGCUACAAGAUGGAGAACCCUCAAACGCUGUACCAAUUUUAAAUCAAGUGAGAUGAGGUAGUGUAUUGAAAGGCAGUAAGUGGAUAGACUCCUUGUUUGUGAAUGGUAGAUCAGUCAAGUAAGAGUGUAGAUUUAGGGGCAGAUUUAACAAGUGAAAUUCUUGUUAUCACUCGUUACAAAUGAUAAAUGGUGCUCUAGCCAAUCAGCUCCUGUCAUGUGGUUGAAAUAUGACAGGAGCUAGCUGGAGCACCAUUUAUCAUUUGUAACGAUUGAUAACAAGAGUAUCACUCAUUGUUAAAUCUGCCCCUUAAUCUUCUAAUGCUAAGCAUACUCCUUUUUAGGAAGAGUUUAAAAAAGUUUUCCAGUCACAUGUCCUCUUUUAACUGUUGUCCAUGUUUCUUUAGAAAUACGGUCAGACUUUUUAUUUAUUUAUUUAUGUUUGUAUUAAGAGUGCAGUUAUUACUUUUAGGAAGUGUGCAGAAUAGUCAGUUUUUUGGGACCAUGUUACUGUUUGGUAAAAAAUUAUGAAAGCAUUUUUUUUGUCUGAACUGUUAAAGGCAAUGUCUUUUAAAAUUAUUUCCACGUUUUGUUUCUGAUAGCCCUUUCUGGUUAUAAAUCUUUAUUCAUUUGAACUGUAUAAAAUUGUUUUGAAGGAAAAUGUUUUGUUGCAGUACAUCUAAUCAAAUCUAUUAAAUUGCUAUUUUAAUUAAAA